AUGGUGGCGAAGCGCAACCCUAGGAAAAUAAAUUGUAACCUUAAACACUCUGUGCCAAAUGCUUGUAUUGACGCCUGCCUGAAGGACUUGUUUCGAAAUGAACGCAGACAUACUUCUACCAAACCUUAUCUAUUAGCGUCUCCACGACAUGAAAUAGCAGUCCAAGAGCUGAAGCACUUGUGGUACCUGCGCUUGAAGUGGACACGCCAUGCUCUCAUCAGAUGGUUGUGCAAGCAAACUCCUUCCGUACAGCCUAUUCCUUCGAACCUUUACAGGAAUUUUAGGCAUGUUCCUGUAGAUCUGGGGGCCGUCAGACUAGAAACCAAUCCUAAUAUUCAUCGCCUUCCAUUCUUUCAGGCACACGCAAGUAAAAUAGCUCUACAUAAAAUUGGCGUAAAACUUCCGUUCCAAGAAAUGGCACUGAUGACAAUACUUGCAACUGCACCACCCGACCAACGCGCCGUGGAAUGCGGUACCAAAGCAGGCGCAGAGGUUGCACUAGGCACCGUCGAACUCGACCUACCCGUAGAAUCUCCACUCAAACUCCCAUUACCAUAA